AUGCAUCUGUUCUUCCAGGUUCCCAUCUAUGAGAUGAGAAAUGACGGUCAUGAUAAUUUGCUUGGAGCACUGCUGAUUGCUGGCCUGUAUGUAAUACCAGAGGUUGGUCUCUAUUUUCAACACAUAUUAUACAGAGGAAAUCGUGUCACAAAAAUAGAUGCUGGAAGUUUUACUGCAUUUUCUUCACCCAACCUCCGUCCACUUGUCAAAGCUGAAGUGGAAAUUAAAGUCAACUGGGACACUGUCUGGAGACCAAAUACAACUAAGAAGUUUAUGGUGCACACAAAUAUGAAUCGAAAUGUGGGAUUGUUAAGAUUAUUCCCAGGAAUCACUGUUGCUACGGUAAAAACAUUUCUCCAACCACCAAUGGAAGGAAUUGUUUUGGAGACGUACGGAACGGGUAAUGCUCCAGAUAAUCGCCCAGAUAUAUUAGAGGAAUUUAAAAAAGCCGUUGAUCGUGACGUAUUGAUAAUAAACUGUACUCAGUGUUUGAAGGGCUGCGUUAGUCAAUCGUAUGCAACAGGAAAGGCUCUUACAGAUGUAGGUCUUAUUCCAGGAGGUGACAUGACACCUGAAGCUGCUUUGGCUAAAUUGUCCUACGUACUAGGCAAGGCAGAACUAAGUGUUCAAGAGAAGAGGAAGAUGCUGUCUGAAAACCUGAGGGGAGAAAUGAGUGUAGCCCUUGGGGAGGCUAAGAUCUCGCUUCGAGAUAGUCGAUUUAUUCAAGCUAUUGCCAAAUCUCUCAGUGUCAGCUGUAAAGAGGAACUAGAGGCUGUCCGAGAUGCUCUGACACCUUCGUUGGCAUGUGCUGCAGCAAAGUCUGGUGAUAUUGAUACAUUGGAAGCUAUACUGGAUAUGGGUGGGAACCUGUGCAGCGAGGAUUAUGAUGGACGAACCCCACUACAUAUAGCAGCUUGUGAAGGACACCUAGAGGUUGUGCAGUAUCUGCUCAGCCGUGGAGCCACCGUUUAUGCCAAAGAUCGAUAUGGUGAUACACCACUGAAGAAUGCAGUGAGAUUCAGGCGCACUGAAGUUAUCAAAUUAUUGCGGCAAACUGGUGCCCAUUUCUCAAACGACGAGAUUAUCGAAGUGGGAACCGAUUUGUGCAGCCUGGCUGCAAGUGGUGACGUGGAGGGACUGACAGCUUGGCACCUUGCAGGGCUGGACUUGGACCAUUGUAGCUAUGAUGGACAAAAUCCCUUGGAAGUUGCUUUGGCUGAUGGUAAUGAAGAGGUGGUUGCAUUCCUUCAGUCAGCAUGCAAGCAAAACAGGCUGCUUUAGGUGUCCACCAUCAAGAAAUUUAACAGAUUUACGUCCGGGCACAAUCAAAAGCCAGUAAUAUCAUUGUCUUACAGGAUCAUCUCUUUUAUUUCAUAGUGCUGUAUGUUACACAAAUCAGUUUUAAUGUAGCAGCCAUUAUAUUUGAAUAGUUUUCAUGUUAUCAAAAUCAAGCAGUUUGGAUCAGUGACACUGAAUGGUCUGCAUUAGAAAGUAGAGAUUCUACUUGAAGUCAUAACCCAGUGAAUGUUCCAUAUCAUGUGAAGUUUGUAUGUGGAAGGUGCAAGUCGAUUCACUAUGUAAGUAGUUGUAAUAGCAGUACCAUUGCACUUGUCACCUUUUGCCCGCAUUUGGGCAAGAACAUGUGAAAUAGUAGUCGCUACACUUUGAAUAAAAAUGGAAUAUUUCUUUCUACUGUGUGAUUUACCGCAUGGGGAUGUUUUUCUUCACAAUCUCAGUUAUUAUAAAGCAAUAGAAAAUAAAAUGCACUGUGCAUUAUCUGUUUAGUUGAC